AACCAAAAGACUACACUCUCACCCAUCUCCUUAAUCCCUUCUUUGAUCAACCUUUCCCUCCCUCUUAAGAAGAAGAAGAAAAAUGGCCAAGGACGUGGAAUCCGACCACCCACCGCCGGCCUUCUCCGCCAAGGACUACCACGACCCGCCGCCGGCACCCUUGUUCGACCUCGACGAGCUCACCAAAUGGUCCUUCUACCGCGCCUUGAUCGCCGAGUUCAUCGCCACACUCCUCUUCCUCUACAUCACCGUCCUCACCGUCAUCGGCUACAAAUCCCAAACCGACCCAUUAACCCACACCGCCGCCGACGCCGCCUGCGGCGGCGUCGGCGUCCUGGGAAUCGCAUGGGCGUUCGGCGGCAUGAUCUUCAUCCUCGUCUACUGCACCGCCGGGAUCUCCGGGGGCCACAUCAACCCGGCCGUCACUUUUGGGCUCUUCUUGGGCCGGAAGGUCUCCCUCAUACGGGCCGUGGGCUACAUGGCGGCCCAGUGCCUCGGGGCCAUCUGCGGGUGUGGGCUCGUCAAGGCCUUUCAGAAGUCGUACUACACGCGGUACGGCGGUGGGGCCAAUGAGCUGGCGGCCGGGUACAAUAAAGGGACCGGAUUGGGCGCCGAGAUUAUCGGGACGUUUGUUUUGGUCUACACCGUUUUCUCGGCUACUGAUCCCAAGAGGAGCGCCAGAGACUCCCACGUCCCCGUGUUGGCGCCGCUGCCAAUUGGGUUCGCGGUGUUCAUGGUCCACCUGGCGACGAUCCCAAUCACAGGGACGGGGAUCAACCCAGCUAGGAGUUUUGGUGCUGCUGUUAUCUACAACAAGGACAAGGCCUGGGACGAUCAGUGGAUCUUCUGGGUGGGACCUUUCAUUGGAGCUGCCAUUGCUGCGUUCUACCACCAGUUCGUACUGAGGGCAGCAGCAAUCAAGGCUCUGGGUUCCUUCAGGAGCAAUGCUUGAAUUUGAUUGAUGAUGGAGGGAAGUUUGUUUCAAGCUGUUAUUGAGAAAGAAUAAGGGCUAGCUCGCUCUGCACUGCAGCCUGCUGCAAAUUUGAAGAGAGAAAGAGGCCAAGGAAAAAAUGUAAAUAAGGGUUGUGCUCCUCAUGUUUUGAUGAGGGAUUGAAUUCCAUCUAUUGCUUUCCCUUUUUACCCUUUUCCUCUAAAUCUGUAGUUAAAAGUAAGUAAGUUGUGUUCUUCAUUUGAUGAUGAUGAUGAUUAUCUCUUUGCUUUUGUUGUAAUUUAUCCAUCUUCUGUGUGGGAUUGUGGUGGUGGUGGUUGGGGGUUGGUUGUGUGUCUUUUCUGGUUGGCUUCCACCUAAUCAUGAAAUGGGUCUGCCCUCUUUAAUUAUCUACAUAAUUAAUCAUGCCUUUCUUUCGUCGUUUGUAAAA